GCACAUCCUCCGUCGCGUUGUUUGGGGUCCUGACUGCAGGCUCGGCGCCAGUCUCCGGCUGUGGUCGAAGCUCGAGUGGAUACGUGGAGAAAUUAAGCGAAAGAUUCAUUGAAAUCAAGUGUUCAGGAAACUUCGGAUCCUCCGUCGUCCAGCGAUGAAUCUGGAACUUCUCGAAUCGUUCGGGCAGAACUACCCAGAGGAGGCAGAUGGCACCCUGGACUGCAUCAGUAUGGCCCUCACCUGCACCUUCAACCGCUGGGGCACCCUGCUGGCAGUGGGCUGCAAUGAUGGCCGCAUUGUCAUCUGGGACUUUCUCACGCGGGGAAUCGCGAAAAUUAUCAGUGCACAUAUUCACCCGGUCUGCUCUUUAUGUUGGAGUCGAGACGGACACAAGCUGGUGAGCGCCUCCACAGACAACAUUGUCUCACAGUGGGACGUCCUGACUGGAGACUGUGACCAGAGAUUCCGUUUCCCCUCACCCAUCCUGAAACUGCAGUGCCACCCCAGAGACAUGGACAAGGUGCUGGUAUGUCCCAUGAAGUCAGCCCCGGUUCUACUGACUCUGUCGGACUCCAAACACGUUGUCCUGCCUGUGGAUGAUGACUCAGACCUGAAUGUGGUGGCCGCCUUUGACAGACGGGGCGAAUACAUCUACACAGGCAACGCCAAAGGAAAGAUUCUCGUGUUAAACACAAACACUCAGGAGCUGGUGGCGUCUUUCAGAGUGACCACUGGCACCAGUAACACGACGGCCAUCAAAUCCAUUGAAUUUGCAAGGAAGGGCAGUUGCUUCCUCAUAAACACAGCAGACAGGAUCAUCAGAGUGUACGAUGGCAGGGAAAUACUGACCUGUGGACGAGACGGUGAACCUGAACCAAUGCAGAAACUACAGGAUCUGGUCAACAGGACGCCGUGGAAGCGCUGCUGUUUCUCCGGGGAUGGUGAGUAUAUUGUGGCGGGUUCAGCCAGGCAGCACGCCCUCUACAUCUGGGAGAAGAGCAUUGGCAACCUGGUGAAGAUCCUGCAUGGAACCAGAGGAGAGCUGCUGCUGGAUGUCGCUUGGCAUCCUGUACGUCCAAUUAUCGCCUCCAUCUCUAGUGGAGUGGUGUCCAUCUGGGCUCAGAAUCAAGUGGAAAACUGGAGCGCCUUUGCUCCGGACUUCAAAGAACUGGAUGAGAACGUGGAGUACGAGGAGCGAGAGUCUGAGUUCGACAUCGAGGAUGAAGACAAGAGUGAACCUGAGCAGACAG